AUGAAAAUCACCAUUCUAGCUUCUACUCUCUUUGUGAUCUUAACAACACUGUUCAACCAUUCUUCUCUUGCUCUCACUCAAGAUGGUCAAACAUUGUUGGAGAUUAAAAGUACUUGGAAUGAUACUAAGAAUGUUCUUAGCAACUGGCAAGAUUUUGAUGAGUCUCCUUGUGCAUGGACUGGAAUCUCAUGUCAUCCUGAUGAUGAACAAAGAGUUCGUUCAAUAAAUUUGCCUUAUAUGCAGCUUGGAGGAAUAAUAUCUCCCAGCAUUGGUAGACUGAGUAGAUUGCAGAGAUUAGCACUUCAUCAGAAUGGCUUGCAUGGAAUCAUUCCGGUUGAAAUUACCAAUUGUACUGAGCUUAGAGCCUUGUACUUGAGGGCUAAUUAUUUCCAAGGAGGCAUUCCAGCAGGCAUUGGAAAUCUUUCAUUUUUGAAUAUAUUGGAUGUAUCAAGCAAUUCAUUGAAAGGAGCUAUACCUUCCUCCAUCGGCCGUCUCUCACAUUUGCAAGUUUUGAACUUGUCUACCAAUUUCUUUUCUGGUGAAAUCCCUGACAUUGGAGUACUAAGCACCUUUCAGAAGAACUCGUUUAUUGGAAACUUAGAUCUUUGUGGAAGGCAAAUCCAAAAGCCGUGUCGAACAUCACUUGGUUUCCCUGUCGUGAUACCACAUGCCGUAAGCGAUGAAGCUUCAGUCCCUCCAAAAAGAUCUUCUUCACAUUACUUGAAGGCCGUGCUAAUCGGGGCAGUGGCAACCUUGGGCCUUGCACUUAUCAUAACCCUUUCAUUACUCUGGAUUCGUUCGUCGUCGAAGAAGGAAAGAGCUGUUAGAAAAUACACAGAAGUCAAGAAACAAGUUGAUCCAUCAGCAAGUGCUAAACUUAUUACGUUCCACGGUGAUAUGCCAUACACAUCAUCUGAAAUCAUAGAAAAACUAGAGUCUCUUGACGAGGAGGAUAUCGUAGGGUCAGGAGGAUUUGGUACUGUUUACCGAAUGGUGAUGAAUGAUUGUGGCACAUUUGCUGUUAAGAGGAUUGACCGAAGCCGUGAAGGGUCAGAUCAAGUGUUUGAAAGGGAACUAGAGAUCUUAGGGAGCAUCAAACACAUAAAUUUAGUAAACCUUCGCGGUUAUUGCAGACUCCCUUCUUCAAGGCUCCUUAUCUAUGAUUAUUUAGCCUUAGGCAGCUUAGAUGAUCUCUUGCAUGAAAAUAUUGAACGACAACCCUUGAAUUGGAAUGAUCGUCUAAAGAUAACCCUUGGUUCUGCCCGGGGUUUGGCAUACUUGCACCAUGAAUGCUCCCCGAAAAUUGUGCACCGUGACAUAAAAUCUAGCAACAUCCUUCUUAAUGAAAACAUGGAGCCUCACAUCUCUGAUUUUGGUCUUGCAAAGCUCUUAGUCGAUGAAGAUGCGCAUGUUACCACAGUGGUUGCUGGCACAUUUGGCUAUUUGGCACCAGAGUAUCUUCAAAGUGGGAGAGCGACUGAGAAGUCAGAUGUAUAUAGCUUUGGAGUUCUAUUACUCGAACUAGUAACCGGAAAGAGGCCUACGGAUCCUUCCUUUGUUAAGAGAGGUUUAAAUGUUGUUGGUUGGAUGAACACAUUAUUGAAAGAAAACAGAUUGGAAGAUGUGGUAGACAGAAGAUGCACUGAUGCAGAUGCUGAGACUCUUGAAGUAAUUUUGGAGCUAGCAGCAAGAUGCACCGAUUCAAAUGCAGAUGACCGUCCUUCGAUGAACCAAGUACUGCAGUUGCUGGAGCAAGAGGUUAUGACCCCUUGUCCAAGUGAAUUUUACGAGUCUCAUUCGGAUCACUGA